UUGUGGACGUAGACUUUCCCUUUCACCUCGAGAGAUAGGUGCUAUAGGCUACACGUUGACUCUUCUCUUCUCUUCUCUGAACAUACAUGAAGCCACACUUUAGAGUCUUCUUUUGCUGGAUUUGCCUGCUAGAGCACGUGCAUUUCGCUGCUAGAGUGGUCGAUUUAUGACAGGGAUUUCCAGAUACAACCCACUGCUCUACAAACAUCUCUGAUAUCAACCUCAAUGGCCGAGCGAUUUGAAGAGAUCUCGCCAGUCAGUGAGAACCCAGAGUGUCUCUCCACUGACAUCGGCCUCCCAAUACACCGGGGUGAUAUUCAGCAUCCCCCAACCAAGGACACACCAGGCUGUGAUGUACUCACUGUUCAUCCACACCAAGGCUUAGACAAGGAACGGGUGGAGGCUGUAGCCCAGGACCAAGAUGGCUGCCGUUCUCAGUUACACCCGUCUGACAUUCCUCCGGUUAAACCUGAAGAGUCCCCGGACAUAGCGCACCCUACGGAGGACCAGGACCAGGGUCUCAGUGGAGGUCCACACCGGCCUGGCGCAGACCCAGACACACGACCUCUCCGGGCAGACAGCAGCUGUUUAGCCACCGUCGCUGCCUCUCCAUUGACCAGUCAGAGGCCGCUGCUAGCCCUUCAUCAACCCCAUGAGUGGGCUGUGAGGCCUGAUCAGGGCCUGAGUGUAGCUCCAGACCCAUCAGGGGGUCCAACCCAAGCCCUUCCUCUGGGAAACCCCCACCCGUUAAGGACCCCGUGGAGGCUUGGGCAGGGGUCUACAGCCAGGGGCUACAGCACGGAAGACGCCGGGGGGUCGGGUGGCAGCCCCCCGGCGCUGGUGAUCACUCAGGCAGAGGAGUCCUGGAGAGCCGUCCCACUGAACCGGUCCCCACCAGUUGGAGAACCACGGGGACCCACCAGGCCGACAGCCCUCCCCCUCCCCGCUGGGGGGUAUGUCCCGGGAGAGCCCAGCCCCAGCUCCAGCGACGGCGGAGACAUGGCCUGCUCUGACCUCAUGUCCCUCAGGAGCGACUCCAUAUCGAUGACCAGCGACGCCGCGGCCUCCGGGAGGAGUGAGGAGAGUCCUGAUGAUGACACCAGAAGUAUGGCUAACUCCUCCGUGAUGUCUCUGUAUCCAAGGGUGCAGUUGGACCCCUUGGAGAAAGACUGGCUAAGAAGCUCUGCUUUGGGGAACAUCUGUGCACAGCGCCUGCUGCUCACCCAGGACCCGAGUCUGGCACACAAGAAGGAUUUUGUGACGGUAAGGAGUCCAUGUUACCAUAUUGUCUAUCUAUUUCUACCUACGUCGCUAUAACUGUAUGAUAAUAAUAAGUACAUGAAGGACUAUUGCUUGUGAAAGAAGUCCAUGAACCAAAAUACACAUUUUGACUUAUUCUGGCACCUGUACUGUAUAAUGUUAUGUAUGAUAAGAUAUGUGUAAAUGUGGAUAUUAAUAUAUUUCGUUGUUGUUCUUGUCUGUUCAUUCGUCCCUGUCUGGCCUCGGGAAUGUAAACAUGGCUGCACGCAAAGGGGGUAAGUUCUGUUUCCCUGUCAUGUUCUUUCUAAUAAUUGAAAUGCACGUGGACAACACGGAGAGGACAGCAAUCUGGUUGCUGCCUCGAUGAGCUAAGCACACCUAGUGCUCACAGUGCUGCCCCACCUCCCUCUACAUCUUGAUAAUAGCUUCAGAGAUUUGCCAGUGUCGGACAUUUAGACGUCUCGUAGAGGCUUUGAAGCGGAGAGAAUGUGUAAAACAAACUGCAGUUCAUGUAAAUUGGAAUCACACACAAUUUUACUGGCAUGUUUGUCCAUAAAACCAACAAAACCUCUGGCAUUUCCGUGCAGGCCUGGUAUCAAACAGUUUUGACAGCUCUGUGCGCUGUCAGCAAUGCUAAACGCUGCGUUACACACUGAGCGUCCUGUUGGGUUAUUUUUAUCUUCUUUGUUUUUCGGUGUUUCAUCAGGUGUCUCAGUCAGGCUUCUAUUAGCAGUCGGACGCUGUGGUCGGAUGUAGAAUGCUAAUCAGCUGCUGGCCAAACAGCCCAGACGACAGGGAAAUGUAAUGAUAUUGUAAUUAUAUGGUAAUUAAUAUUGAAGAC